GCAAGCACACGAGCACGACCAGCGCUUCGCCAUGGCAGCAAUUGACCACUCUACCCUGACGCUCGAAGCUGCCGACGGCACAGUCGAAGCUGAGAGCACCACAGGCGCCCAAAUGGGCUUCGCCCUCUGCCCAAGGCAAUUCAACGACGCAUACAACCUGUACGUCACAAAAUGGUGGGAACAAGGCCGCACGGACCCAGACCAGAUUAUCCACGACACGACCAGCCCAGUCGCAGGCAACACUCACGACUUAGCUCUCAACACGUUCAUGGACGACAUCACCUAU